AUGGCUGAUACUUCGGACUUGAAUCUUGAUGCGCCGAGUGACCUUCAAGAUAUCCCUGAUUCGGCAAUCGAAUUGGUACCGCCACCAGAAGGAACUUUUCCUGACAGAACGUCUCUGUUGGCCUCUGUACAAGCCCAUGGUAAAGCACAUGGAUACAACAUCGUUGUCAAAUCUUCAAGUACCCCCACGGACAAGAAACCGGGGCGAACCGCUAAAAUCUGGCUUCGAUGUGAUCGAGGGGGCCAAUAUCGCCCGCGCAAUGGCCUGACAGAAGAAACGCGCAAGCGGAAGCGGACAUCGCGUCUGAUGGAUUGCCCGUUCAUGCUUGUUGCCGCUGGGAACCCUGGUUUCUGGUCGCUCACUGUUCUGAAUCCCGCACACAAUCACGGUCCAGUUAUCGAACGUACACGGCCUACCCCGCAACAUAGAGUCAAGAAAGGGCAAGUUUCUGCCCAGCCCUACGACUGGCCACAUGAUGCUACUUUAACGCCUUUCACCACUGCGCUUGUCAUUAUUGAUAUGCAAAAGGACUUCUGCGCUCCGGGCGGCUACUUAGAGUUUCAAGGAUAUGAUAUAUCUCCUUCGCGUGAGAUCAUACCUAAGUUACAGCUUUUAUUGCAUACUUUUCGCACUGCGGGAUUUCCCGUCUACCACACUCGCGAAGGCCACCGGCCGGACCUAUCGACACUAUCCAGUCGAGAAAACUACCGGUCCCGCAAUAACUCGUCAACAUUGGGUAUUGGUUCACAAGGGCCGCUCGGUCGACUAUUAAUCCGAGGCGAGCAUGGACAUGAUAUAAUCGAUGAGCUUUGUCCUAUACCUGGCGAGCCAAUCAUCGACAAACCUGGUCGAGGCGCCUUUGCCUACACUGAUUUCGAGUUACUUUUACGGAACAAAGGCAUCAAAAACCUCAUUUUCGCAGGAGUCACCACAGAUGUCUGCGUAUCCACUAGCAUGCGCGAGGCUAACGACCGAGGCUUUGAUUGCGUACUCUUGGAAGACGUAUGCGCCGCAACCGAUCCCUCUUUACAUACUAGCACCUUGGAUUCGGUGAAGAUGGAAGGGGGAAUAUUCGGUUCUGUCGCGAAAGCGGAUGAUAUUAUCAGUGCAGUGGAAAAUUUCAAGGCCAAUGCGAUCAAGAAAAUGACACCUCAGCUCAGUGGCCAGCUAAGUGCUUGA